GCUCUUUUUGACCAGAGACGGAAGACCAGUAUUUGACAUUGUUUACAAAUAAAAAUUCUCAAGGGAAGUAGAUAGGUAUUUGAAAUUUCCAUUUCAAUUGUGUUUUUAAUUUAUCAUAAACACUUUUCUACGUAGCGACUAGUAAUAGAAGAUUUAUUAAAAUUACGGUCUUUAUCGUAGUUAUAAUUCCAAAGAUAAUAGAUAGGUGUUAAGAAAUAAUAAAUUGAGCAAGAUGUUUCCUCAACUGGCCCCCGCCCCCGGCAACCCCAACAAGGACGUGGAGGUGACCUCCCCGCCAGAAGACACCGUGUCCGCCCUGGAGUUCUCGCCGGCCUCCGUGCCGCAGACCUUUCUCGCAGCCGGCAGUUGGGACAGCAAGGUACGAUGCUGGGAAGUAGAAGCUUCCGGGAAGACUGUGCCCAAAGCAGAGCAGGGCAUGGACGGACCUGUCCUGGAUGUGGCGUGGCAUGAUGAUGGGACAAAAGUGUUUAUGGCCUCUACAGAUAAAAGCGUGAAAUGUUGGGAUCUCGCCAGCAAUCAGACUAUGCAGGUCGCAGCACACGACGCUCCCGUCAAAACAUGUCACUGGAUCAAGGCCCCCAACUACACUUGUCUGAUGACGGCCUCGUGGGACAAAACACUUAAGUUCUGGGACACGCGCAGCGCGGCCGCCAUCAUGAGCAUGGCGCUGUCGGAGCGCUGCUACUGCGCGGCCGUGGACUACCCGCUGGCGGCCGUGGGCACGGCGGACCGCGGCGUGGCGCUGUACUCGCUGGAGGGCAAGCCCAGCGAGGUGAAGCGCGUGGAGUCGCCGCUCAAGUACCAGCACCGCUGCAUCGCCAUCUUCCGCGACAAGAACAGCAAGCAGCCCACGGGCUUCGCGCUGGGCAGCGUGGAGGGCCGCGUGGCCAUCCAGUACGUGAACCCCAGCAACCCCAAGGACAACUUCACGUUCAAGUGCCACCGCUCGCAGGGCGCGGCGGGCGGCUACCAGGACAUCUUCGCCGUCAACGACGUGGCCUUCCACCCGACGCACGGCACGCUGGCCACCGUGGGCUCCGACGGCUCCUUCUCGUUCUGGGACAAGGACGCGCGCACCAAGCUCAAGAGCUCCGAGCUGCUGGACCAGCCGCUCACCAAGUGCGCCUUCAACCACAGCGGCCAGGUGUUCGCGUACGCCGUCGGCUACGACUGGUCCAAGGGGCACGAGAACUUCAAUCCGGCGAAGAAGAACUUCAUUUACCUGCGGCCCUGCUUCGAAGACCUCAAGCCACGAUCUACCUAAUAUAUCGUUUACAACUCUGCGCGACUCCUAAAAUUAUAUUUUUUACACAUU